AUGACUCCACCUUUUUCUUGCUCCACCAAAGGGUUGGGUCAGGAGGAGGAUUUAAGCAGAAAAAAAAAAAGGAGGAAGCGGAGAUAACUGCUCACCAGAUACAGCGGGCCGUAUUAUUCCUUUACUCUCGACAGUCCCCGGAGAUUUAAAUCAAGUUCAAUUUGCAGAGGAGCUCUGCUGUCCAGUGAAGGAGUCCACACUGGUUUUGAUGAUAUCAGAGGAGAAUUCUACCGUCAAUAUAACUGGGUCACAGUGUUAAGACAGCAAACAUGCUUCAAGAGAUUCAGGAGUUUGGCUCACAUGCCAUAGAAAUCUAUGACUACCUCAUGGCAGGAUGUGAUCCACGGAUUAAGGGCUAUCUACUGAUGCAGAGUCCCUUUCCCAUGACAACAAUAUUGCUGUGCUACCUGUUCUUCGCACUUUACCUGGGACCUCGCAUAAUGGCCAAUCGCAGGCCCUUUCAGCUAAAGGAAGCCAUGAUAGUCUACAACUUCUUUCUAGUGGCUCUGUCACUAUACAUUGUCUAUGAAUUCAUGAUGUCUGGUUGGGCCACAACAUAUACCUGGCGAUGUGAUAUAAUUGAUACCUCUCACAGUCCUCAAGCACUACGAAUGGUCCAAGUGGCCUGGCUGUUCUGGUUCUCAAAGAUUAUUGAGCUCAUGGACACAAUCUUCUUUGUGCUGAGGAAAAAACACAGUCAGAUUACAUUCCUACACAUCUUCCACCACUCCUUCAUGCCCUGGACCUGGUGGUGGGGAGCCAGUUAUGCUCCUGGUGGAAUAGGAUCUUUCCAUGCCAUGGUGAAUUCUUCGGUCCACGUCGUCAUGUAUUUCUAUUACGGCCUUUCUGCUGCUGGACCACGCUUCCAGAAGUAUUUGUGGUGGAAGAAAUAUAUGACCGCCAUUCAGCUGACCCAGUUUGUCCUGAUUUCUCUCCACGCUACCCAGUAUUACUUUAUGGACAGCUGUGACUAUCAGUUCCCUGUGAUCAUCCACCUCAUCUGGAUGUAUGGGACCUUCUUCUUCGUGCUCUUCUCCAACUUCUGGGUCCAGGCUUAUGUGAAGGGUAAGCGGUUGCCCAAACAGAACAUUAAGCAGUGUCAGAAUGGCACAGCUGUAUACACAAACGGUAAAACCCAUGAGAACAGAAACGGCAUCAACCAUGGAGCCACCAUGAGCAACGGCUCUGCUCACCAUGAGAACGGCAGCGCUCACAUGGGCAAGAUGAAGAAGGCCUAGGACGUCUGGAAGGAAACACCCAAGAAGUAUGACCCUGUGAACCUGUUGAAACUACUACAGAUUCCAAAGAUAAUUUUUGGCUGUUUCUUUUCCUGUUUUUAGUUUUCUAUGCAAAACAUGAGGAAAUGACAUGGUCAAUGACUUCCACUGUAGAGGUCCCACAUUUGGUUGAUUGGUUUCUUUGAGUUGGGGGAUCCAUCUAUGGAACACAGUGUAUGAAGAGAAGAUGUUUAGACCUAAAUGUUAUCUUCACUGAUGUUGCAAGCAACCUCCUAUUUAUGUGUAACACUGAUGGCCUUUCACCUCAUUUGCCGUCACUGCUUAUCUGGACCCCCCCCCCAACUUGAAUAGUUUUUGUUAAGUUUUACCAAAAAAAACUAAUUGUAUUGGUAUGCCUUAGCCUUUCUAAAUGUAUGUAUGUAUUUAAAAAAUGCCAAUAAAUUCCAUUUUUAAUUAUC